AUGUCUUGGUUUAGUGGGAAUUCAAUUUCAGUUACUGAAUUGGACUCGAAGAUCAUCGAAGCUACUUCAGAAUCAAUCCCCAAUGGUGAAAUCGAUAUUUCAAUUGCUCUAGAAAUCACCGAUUUAAUUAGAAGUAGAAAUUUACCCCCAAAACAAUGUAUGAGAAGUUUAAAGAAAAGAUUAACCAAUACUUAUAAUAAUCCUAAUUUAAUCACUUCUACCCUUAAAUUAAUCGAUUUAUGUAUUAAAAAUGGUGGUUAUCAUUUCUUGGUGGAAAUUUCUUCAAAAGAAUUUAUCGAUUAUUUAAUUGAUUAUAUCUUUAAAAUUCAUUAUAAUACUAAGGAUUUUAAAGUUCAAUCAAAUAAUUCAAAAUUGGCCGUUGGUGAAUUAAUAUUGAAAUUAUUAAAAGAAUGGAGCUUUUAUUUCCAAAAUAAUUUACAAUUAAAUUACGUUGAAAAAAUUUAUAAAUCUUUACUUAAUCAAGGUUUCCAGUUCGAAGAUUUAGAUCCAAAUAUAAAUCAAUUAUCUUCCAACUUCAUCGAUCUGGAGGCCCCUCCAGACUGGGUCGAUAAUGAUGAAUGCAUGAUUUGCUACGACGCUUUUUCAGUCUUGAAUAGAAAACAUCAUUGUCGUUCUUGUGGAGGCGUUUUCUGCUCAAAACAUAGUCUGCAUUCAAUCCCCUUGGUCCAUUUGGGUCUUUUGGAACCGGUUAGGGUUUGUGAUAACUGUUAUGAAAAGAUCAAAUUGAAAAAUUCUGGCAAUUUACAAAAAAUUCAAAAUAAUAAUAAUAAUAAUACUAACGAUCGUUCGGUCGAUUUAGAAAAUGAUGAGGACGAACAACUUAGAAAAGCAAUUGAAUUGAGUUUAAAAGAGUCAGGUCAACAAGUAGCUGCUCCUGCUCCGGCCCCUGCUGCCCCUGCUGCCCCUUCCCCUCCUCAACCUCAAGAUGAUGAGUCGGAAGAAAUGAAAGCUGCAAUUGCUGCUAGUUUAAAAGAGUUCGAAGCUCAAGAAAAAUUACAUAAACAACAUGUUGAACAAGAAAAUUAUUUGAAGAAUCAACCUCAACCUCAGCCUCAACCUCAACCUCAACCGGCUUCAGAUUUUUAUGCUAAUUUACCAUUUGAUAAUAAACCUCAACAAAAUGUUCCGCAACAACAAGCUCAACAAGUUCAACAAUUUCAACAAUUUCAACCACAGCAGCCACAACAACCCAUUUCAGAACAACCUACGAAACCACAAGUUGAAGAUUUAAACCAGCAAGAAGAAGAAUCCAUCAAUUUAUUCAUUACUUUAAUGAAUAAUACUAAAAACGAUGCAUCAAAACAAAAUAAUAUCAUUUAUGAUCGUAAUUUAAGUGAAUUACAUAAUAAAGUCAUUCAAUUAAAACCAAAAUUGAAUAAGUCAUUAAGAUUGUCAAUUGAAAGAUAUGAUCAUUUCCUCGAAUUGAACAAUAAAAUCUCAACCAUUACAAGAUUAUAUGACCAAUUUUUAGAAUCAAAAUUGAACCAAGCUUAUAAUAACCAUUAUAUCUCCAGUUAUCCACCUCAGCAAUCUCAACAACCAACCGGUCAAAGAUUACCACCUCAGCAAACAAACCCUUACGCUGCUCCAUAUCCUUUGGAAGAACUGAAAUCUCAAAAUUCUUUAAUGAAUUCUCCC